GCAGAAGCAGAUGUGGGUGUGGUUCUUCUUUACUGUUUUCAAAUGGAUUUCUUUUUGCAACUGAGGGAUUACAGAAGCAAAGGCAGGCUUUAUUCAUGAGGACUAGUGCCUUUUACUUUCCCCUGCUUUUACACUGGAAUGGGCAGCAUGAAAAGAGACCCACUGUUUCAGCUUAGGGAAGCCUGCACACAAGACAUGGAUCAAAAGAAGACCUCAAUUAAGCAUUAAAGGUGGUCGUGGUAACGGUGGCCGGUAGGGCUGGUGGAUCUCCAACUCUUGAGAACGCAGAGGAGAGGACAACAUGGCGAACCCUCUGUUCCCCCUGAAGCAAGUCUUCAACAAAGACCGAACCUUCCGCCCCAAGAAGAAAUUCGAACCCGGGACGCUGCGCUUCGAGCUUCACAAAAAGGCCCAGGCGUCGCUCAACGCUGGUCUGGAUUUGAAGUUGGCCGUUCAGCUGCCGUCUGAUGAAGAGCUCAAUGACUGGGUUGCUGUGCAUGUGGUGGACUUCUUCAACCGCAUCAAUCUCAUCUAUGGCACCAUCAGCGACUACUGCACGGAAAAGACCUGUCCAAUCAUGUCCGGGGGGCCGAAGUACGAGUACCGCUGGCAGGAUGAGAAGUAUCGCAAGCCCACAGCCCUCUCUGCGCCCAAAUACAUGGACCUGCUCAUGGACUGGAUCGAGGUGCAAAUCAAUAACGAAGACCUUUUCCCCACCAAUGUCGGUACUCCAUUUCCCAAGAACUUCCUCCAGGCAGUGAAAAAGAUCCUCUCUCGUCUCUUCCGAGUCUUUGUCCAUGUUUAUAUCCACCACUUUGACCGCAUCAUCCAGAUGGGCUCCGAAGCCCAUGUCAACACAUGCUACAAACAUUUCUACUAUUUUGUGAAGCAGUUCCACCUCAUAGACAACAGGGAGCUAGAACCACUGAAGGAGAUGACUGCACGGAUGUGCCACUGACUUGUGAGGACUCUUCGUGUCACCUCUGAGCCAUACCUGGACUGCAUCUCUCUCUGUCCUCACUGGAGACUUCACUGAUUAAGAAGAUUAUAGAAAUGUGUGUAUAUAAUGUUUAAAAAAUGGACUUGUGAUGAUUUGAAGUUCCUGGUGAAACUGUUCUGUAAAAUGUUUUGAUUGUUGAUUUACUGAGAUAUGUAUAUGCAUUUAUUUUUCAAGGAACUUGGAAAAAAUACCCCUGUUAAUGGCAAGGUAUCCUUCGGAAUGAUGUUUUUUGGGUUUUGUGGGGGGCGGGGGUUCCCCUACUACUUUCCGUCUCAGGGACUAAUGUUUUGGAAGGUGAAUAUGGACAGUAGUUUCUGUCCCCUGUUGUCCCAGAUCCACUGCAACUUGCAAAAUAUUUGGGCCAUGUGUUUUACAUCUGAUGGUGAAGAAGCACAGGAUGGCAAAAUCAGAGAGAUGUAUAAAUCCACAGGUUUUCAAAGACUUUUGUUUUGCCCAUUUGUUGGACAUACUUUUUGCAAAGCAAAAAUAAAACUUUCUUGUUGCUUGA